AUGGGUCCGCCCAGUGACGUGGAUGCCGUGGUCGAUCCACGACUACGUGUCUACGGCAUCGGCAACCUAAGGGUGGUAGAUGCGUCUAUCAUGCCAAACAUAAUCAGUGGAAACACCAACGCACCGACAAUCAUGAUCGGAGAAAAGGCGUCGGACAUGAUCAAAGAGGACUGGGGGAUCGACGUUAGGAGAUAG